UUGGUACACGUAAAUUCGAAUAUUUCAUGACGCAAAGACAAGAAGGACAAGUACACUCAGUCCUCUUCGACAACGGCGAGUCUUAUGACUUUGGCACGCCAGAAACACUCCAAUUUUACCCUACAUCUUAUGGAUAUCCUAAUAAUGCUUAUAUACAACAAUCUUCUGGUUACUAUGCUCAGCAACCUUACCCUUACAACAACGGCGGUAAUACAGGUGGUUUCUGGAGUGCUUUUGGAACUGGAGGCUUUCCCGGCGAACCACCUUUAUUAGACGAGCUUGGUAUUAAUUUCGAACAUAUAAAAUCAAAGAGUUUGGCAGUUCUAAAUCCAUUUAGAGCAGUUGACAAAGAUAUAAUGACCGAUACUGAUUUGGCUGGACCACUUUUAUUUUGCUUAAUAUUUGGUGUUUGUCUAUUACUGACCGGAAAAAUUCAUUUUGGAUAUAUUUAUGGGGUCGCUUUACUCGGAUGUGUUUCCAUUUAUAUGAUAUUGAAUCUUAUGAGUGAGUCAGGAAUAGAUGGGUACCGAACGGCUAGUGUAUUAGGUUAUUGCUUAUUGCCAUUGGUAAUAUUAAGUUGUGUUGGCGUUGUAGUACCUCUAAGUGGACCGAUUGGUCUUAUUGCAUCCGCUCUUGCAGUUGGUUGGUGUACAUAUUCUUCAUCCACAAUGUUUGUAACAGUAUUAUCAAUGUCGGAGCAACGUAUUUUAGUAGCUUAUCCUGUGGGAAUGUU